UGUGACUGCGCUCUUCAGUGCAUUCAGACGUUCUAAUUAUCCACCAUCGUCCUGACAGAUCCCCAAGCUGAUACUGGGCUACUUUUUGUCCCUUGGAGAGACAGCUCGACGAGAGAGUAUGGGAAGGAGGUAUUUAUAGAGAAAUGGGGCCUCACUUUACCCUUUUUGGAGAGAGAAUCAUUAAGGAUCUGUGCUAGGUGUCCCAGUUUCUUGAUUUGAGCUCUGCAGGCAGGACUAGCAAGACUCGCCAGAGAUGCAGAGUCAACUCGUCGACAACAUCACUCUGGCACUCGAUGCAGUGUCACCUUUUUUUUAAGUGGCAGUGCUCUGCAUGCCACACGACGAUGGGGGGCAUUCGAAAGGCGUUUCCCCUGAAGCGUGGUGCGGUGCAGUAAGAGGAUCUCAUGGAAGACGUGGACCAGGCGUUUUGCUCUCCGAAUUUGUGAUACCUGUUGAAUUACAACAAAAUGAAGAAAUUCCUCCAGAAUAAGAAAGGAAGAUACUCCUUACGGCAGAACAAGCCGGGUCCUCGAUAUCCGCCCAAAGAUUUUUUCCUCACCAUGCCAGCAUCCAACCAGGGCUGGCCAGAGGAGUUUGGCUUUCAGAUAGGGGGGAAUGGGCCCAGCUACAUCCUGACUGUGGAGGAUGGAAGCAGUGCUCAUCUGUCUGGACUGCAACCUGGAGACCAGGUCUUGGAGAUUGAGGGCCAGAACGUUUCCAGUCUUAGUGCUCAAGAGGUCAUUGCCCUUGCCCAAUCACACCGAAACAUCCCGCCCAGUAUUGGAGUAGUUUCACGCAUCCAGCAGAUGGAUAUCACUCCAGGCCCUGAUGGUCGCUUCGGUUUCACUAUCGUGGGAGACUGCCCCCUGCUGGUGGAGGAUUGCUCCCCCUGCUCCCCAGCGGGUCGCAGUGGUCUCAGAGCUGGAGAUUAUGUCAUGGAGGUGAAUGGGAUCCCAGUGAAGCACCAUGAGAUGGCAGCCGCUUUGAUAAAGGCCUCUCAGGGCCGCACGCUGCGGCUUGGGGUGCUGUGCAUGGGCAGUCGCCAGAAACGCAGCAGCGGGAGUCUAGAGGGCUCUCAGAAAGACACAGAUGGCAUGCGUCAAGACCGCAAACACAAGGCUCUGGAGUUCAAUAGGAGGGUUGAGGAGAUUUUGAGGAAUGAACCAGAGGUGAAAGAGAAACUGUUUGCUGUACUGAAACAGUUUGCUGCUGAGAGGAAGGUGGACUGGCUUGCUUCCGUUCUUCCUGACAUCUUGACAACUGAAGAGCAGCAACAGCUCAUCUUAAACAUCAGGAUCUUCAUUCCCAAGAAGCAUCGGCAGCGCUUUGACGAGGCCGUUUCUCAGAGUCUCCUCAACCGCAUGUGCCGUAGCAAGAGCCUUGGCGAGCCCCAAAACAGGCUCCGCCGAAGCCAAAGUCAAGACCACCAUGAGCGUCCGCAAGGCUCGAAACGGGCCAGUUCUGUGCCCAGAGAUACCGGCGAUGACCCGGCCCAACCUGAGCGUGGCCUUAGGAAGAGCACCACCGUGAUUCACAGCCACUAUGUCACUGGAGCUAACCAGAGAACCAUCCGUGUGUACAGGGGUAAGAAGAGUUUUGGGUUUACUCUGAGAGGUCACGCUCCUGUGUGGAUCGACUCAGUAAUGCCAGGUAGUCCAGCUGAGGCGUGUGGCCUUAAACCAGGAGACCGCAUACUGUUCCUCAAUGGCCUAGACAUGAGGAACUGCUCCCAUGAGAAGGUGGUGUCCAUGCUGCAGGGCAGUGGUGCCAUGCCCACUCUAGUGCUGGAAGAGGGCCCCGUAGAUUAUCCGCUCUCAGAUUCAGAGCCGGAGGAGACCCCCACCAUUCCGCGCUCGCGCUCCCCGGCCCUCAGCUCCCUGCAGUGGGUGGCCGAGAUCCUGCCUCCCAGCAUCCGCGUACACGGCCGUACCUUCAGCCAGCAACUUGAACACCUCCUCACCCUGCAAGAAAGAUAUACCAUUUGCAAAGCUCUGGAGACCUUCUUCCAGCACAGGAAUGUGGACACACUCAUUGUAGACGUGUUUCCAGUGCUGGACACUCCAGCCAAGCAGCUGAUUUGGCAGUUCAUUUACCAGCUGCUGACCUACGAGGAACAGGAACACUGCAAGAGCAAGAUCGCCCGCUUCCUGGGCUUCAAGAGUGCAGAACCAGAGGUAGGUCCAGAAACCCACAGACGGAGCAGCUCCAUGCGAGUGUCAGGUACCUCUCACAAAAACACUGUGAGAGAGAGAAGCUCAGACGACUGCAUCAUCGGCACUCACCUGGGAAUGGGAACAUUCACUGACCCUGUGACUCCAGAGGAAAGACAGUGUGGGGAUGGGACUUCCUUCCCAGAGUCCCCAGAUCUCAGCCACAUGUCAGGAGUGUACACGGAGCUUGAGAACAUGUUUCCCGGGAAGAGCAACCAGUCUCUCCAGAGUCACUCCUCACCCAGGGCUGUUGGCAUGGGCCACACUGAGAACAACACAUACACUCAGUCUUUCACACACAGUAACGCAGGGAACCGUAAGUCAGGCCUCUCUCUUUCAUGGACUGAAUCCUUUCCUGGCCCUCAGUUUGAGCCUUACCAGCAGACUGUUCCUUCUCCAGACAGUGUGGACUCUAAUCCUUAUGUUAGUUUAGACAGCCCCCCUGCCUCCCCUCUGCCUUCUGAUGAACCCAGUCCUCUGCCCCAGCGCAGGAAACUCUUCACCUUCUCACGUCCACCUCGCAGCCGAGACACCGACAAGUUCCUGGAUGCUCUGAGCGAGCAGUUGGGACACCGGGUCAAUAUCGUGGAUGACUUUAAGGGAGGGGAGAAUGAUUAUGAGGAGAUGAGUUUCCAGGAUGACCAGGAAGUGAACAUGCUGCCUCAUGAGUUAAGCAGUGCCAGCAGUGAAGACCACAGCAGCAGCGAUGACUCCACCUCAGUCUCCUACUCCUCAGGCUCUGACCACAUCCCUCCUCCCCCACAGAGUCCUCCGCCUCCGCCACCUCCCAUCCAGUUCACCGACCCACCGUCGCCCCUGCCCCUCACCCCAGAGCACUUGCCGUUGCACAAGGUGCUGCCCACCAGUGAGGAGCUCAGGGCCCAGCACACCCGUCCCCGACGCUCCUCUCCCCAGCCCAGCGCUCCACCCAUUCUCCAGCUGCACCAACCAAAGGCUCACCCCAUCCUACAGUCAUCCCCGCGCACCUCCCCUCAACCCCCGCACGCAAGCACACAGCACACUCACCUACGACAUCCCACCCAGUCCAUCUACCAGAGCCAGCAGACCUCUGCCCCCAGAACCUCCCCUAACCUGACCAAACAAAAGCGCCUCCAUUCCCUGCCUUCCCAACAAAGCUAUGAUGGUACGCUCUCAACCAAGGUUCCCCCACCACCGCCACCUCCUUUACCCCCACCUUGUGAUCCUCCACCUUUGCCCAAAGCCAGCCCGAAAGCCUCUGACAACAACCACAUGAGCGUGAAGAGACUGCGCUGGGAGCAGGUGGAGAACUCUGAAGGAACUAUCUGGGGACAGCUUGGAGAUGAUCCUGAUUAUCAUAAACUCAGUGACAUGGUCAAGUACCUGGAUCUGGAUCUGUACUUCGGCACACAGAGGAAUUCCAUCUCUCUUCCAGAGCCCACUUUCCUGCCCGAGAACUUUAAAAAGAAAGACGUGGUCGAGAUUCUCUCCCAUAAAAAGGCCUACAAUGCCUCUAUCCUCAUAGCGCAUCUGAAGCUGUCCCCGAAGGAGCUGCGAGAAAUCCUCAUGACCAUGAGCACUGAGCGUCUGGAGCCCGCACACAUUAAACAACUGUUGCUUUACGCUCCUGAUGACGAGGAGGUCAAACAGUUUCAGCAUUACAACCAGGACCCUGCCAAACUUAGCGAGCCUGACCAGUUUGUCCUACAGAUGCUGCUAGUUCCUGAGUAUAAAACCAGACUGAGGAGUCUUCUUUUUAAGACCACUGUGCAGGAGAAAACAGAAGAAAUGAGAGGCGCAUAUGAAUGCAUAUACAAAGCCUCAUUAGAGCUUAAAAACAGCAAGAGGUUGGCCAAGAUCCUGGAGUUUGUUUUAGCAAUGGGAAAUUAUCUGAAUAAUGGUCAACCCAAGACAAAUAAAACAACAGGAUUCAAAAUUAAUUUUCUUACCGAGCUGAACACAACAAAAACAGUUGAUGGAAAGUCGACUUUCCUCCAUAUUCUUGCCAAAUCAUUAUGCCAACACUUCCCAGAACUCAUCGACUUCGCCAGGGACCUCAUAACAGUGCCACUAGCUGCCAAAGUCAAUCAGAGGACCAUUACUGCUGAGCUCAGUGACCUUCACUCCACCAUCCAAGACAUAAGAACCGCCUGUGUGAAAAUCCCAGCUACUGCAGAGGAUCGCUUCGCAUCGGUUAUGAGUAGCUUUCUGGAAAACUGUCAUCCAGCUGUGCAGUCCCUAGACUCCUUGCAGCUAAGAGCAAUGGAUGAGUUUCAUAAAGUGGCCUCUUACUUUGGAGAAGACAGUAAGGCCACGACCACAGAAACCUUCUUUGGCAUCUUCGCCGAAUUUAUCUCCAAAUUUGAGAGAGCACUGAGUGAGACGCAAGGAACAGAAAACCCCAGAAGCCCCCGAAUAGCCUCGCCGCUGGCAUGGUGAAACCAACAGCAUCUGCUGUUUCUAACCCAGAACGCCCAUGUGCCAAUAAAAACAGGGAACUUGAUAGCGUGAAGGGAAAUGAACCUUACUUUAAAUGUCUUCGAUGAAUUAAAAAUAUCUUUAGAAUAAAAAAAGAUAUAUAUUUUAUACAGAACUUCAGCGAGAAAGUAUAUUAAUAUAGCCUAAUAAUAAUCAUUUUGUUUUGAGAUUUCCAGCUGCUAGAGAAUGUAACAGGAACAUGCACACUUCAGGUGAAGAGGAUUGAAAGGUAUUUUUGAUGGUAUAUUUUGGUAUACUUUGGUAUGGUAUACUUACUCAUCCUCAAGCCAAAUGUAUUUUAACACACACACAAAAAAGUUUCAGAUGAGUUUUAAAUUCUUCUCAGUAUUAGUGUUUUAUUGUUGUACUCCGUUGUGAUACGCUGAUAUUAUAGCAGAACAAGAGUGCACCCUUCAUAAGUGAAGAUAAAACUAUUUUCCAAAUCAAUGAUCAUUUGUAUUUUAUUGCAAUAUUAGUUGUGCAAUUGAUCGGUGGUUUCAUCCCGCAUGACAAUCUGUGGUAGGUUUUACAUCAUGAAAUUGGUUUUCAACUAUGAAAAGAAGAUGCAAAAGCUUCACAUUAUUAAAUGGCAGAAGGGUACACAUAUCAUCUGUUCUUUUAAAAUGAGUAUGUAGCUUGUCUGACUUUUUUUAGGUACUAUUGUUUAAGAUAACCCAAUGCAUUUCUUCCUGGUGUCUUCUGUUCUUGAACAAAUGCAUGAUCUUCCUUAUUGCCUGUUUUUGUCAUUUUUGUGUAUUUUUCUUAGUUUCUUGUCAGAACCAAUCAACGAGGAGAAAACCUACAAUUUGCAUUUGCAUGUAGCAGAGUAUUUCUAUUUAUGUAAUGUAUUCCUGUUUUGAUUGUUUCUGUAUCGAUUUGUUAUAUUGAAUAUGUUUUACCAAAUUAAUUAGUUGUAAAUUAAUAUUUGUGUACAAAUUGUUGGCGUGACUAACCUAGUGUUUUCCCGAGCAGUUCUAUAUCGGCUUCAAUAUCGAAGGGCCACAUAUUGCUGCGUUUUAAUCAGAUGUCUAAUUCGUUUUGCC